UUUCUACCGGCAUUUUUUGAUGUUAUGGUACACUUAGUCAUUCAUCUUCCAAGAGAGGCUAAGCUUGGUGGACCUGUACAAUAUAGGUGGAUGUACCCAAUUGAGCGAUUUUUACGCACAUUGAAAUGUUAUGUUCGUAAUAGAAAUCAACCUGAAGGAUCUAUUGCAGAAGGGUAUAUUGUUGAAGAAAGUAUAAUAUUUUGUUCAAGGUACUUACCUGAAAAUGUGAAAGGAUAUGAUCGAAUGGAUAAGAAUUAUGAAGAUGAUCGUAUUAAGACAUAUAGUGGAUUAUCCAUAUUUGAAAGAAAAGGUUCUCCUUUAUUAAGAGAUGCAUCCAGAAAUCUUGAAGAGUUAGAGAGAAAACAAGCUCAUCUUUAUGUUUUAAGAAAUUGCGAAGAAGUGCAACCAUUUUUACGUGAGUAUGAGCAGAGCAAUAAAAGCAUGAACUUUGAUGAUUGGUUUUUUCAUCGGAUUGUACAAAUGCGCAAAGAAAAAAAUGAACACGCAACCUGUGAAUUGUAUUCUUUGGCUAGAGGCCCUUUUGAUGGUGUUCAAAGAUUCAAGGGGUAUGAAAUAAAUGGGUUUAGAUUUCAUACUAAACUGCUAAAGGAAACGAGGAAGACCCAAAAUAGUGGUGUUUUAGUAAGAGGAGAAGUGAAUGGUAAGAAUAUUAGUUACUAUGGUGUUUUGACUGAAAUAAUAGAACUUCAAUAUUUUGAAGGUAAACGGGUUGUUUUGUUUAAAUGUGAUUGGUGGGAUGUUGAUCACAUCAGAAUAGGAGUGAAAAUAGAUAAACAUAAUUUUGUUAGUGUUAACACUAAGCGAAAACUAGUAACAGAUGAACCAUUUGUGCUUGCAUCUCAAGCAGAACAAGUAUUUUAUUUCAAGGACCAUCUUCAUCCCAGUUGGUCAAUUGUUUUGAAUGGUCAUUCUACCUAUUUUACCGGAGGUGCUAUUGAUGAAGAUACUUUUCAACAAGAUGCUUGUAAUGAGUUAUUGCAUAUAUGUGAGGAUGAUGAAGACAUUAUGAAUUGGAAAAGAAAUGAUCUUGAUGUUAUCCGUACUGAUGUUACAUUGGCUGAUGAUAUUAUUAAAGUCAGUGAAUCAGAACCAGAAACUGAUGAUGAAGAUUUGUUAUUAUAG